AUGGAUCACGUAAUACGAGGCCCUGGACCCACUGCAGUGCAGUCCAAGCUCGGUUACUUACUCUCUGGCCCGAUAUACAAGGAAUCUCAUGAAUCGAACACUACGAUACUACACAUAGCUACUAAUAUUCUCGAUGAGAAAACCAAACUUCAGGAAUAUUGGGAUUUAGAAACGUUAGGUAUCAAAGAUGACCCAUCUGACCUAUGCAAGUCAAUGGAUUUUGAGUCAUACUGUGAAACGCAUUUACGGUUUGAGGACAACGGCUACAUUGCAAGACUUCCGUGGAAAGCAGAGUAUCCACCCUUGCCAACGAAUUAUGACGUGUGCGUGCGACGUACACGAAAUAUGAUUCGAAAGCUAUCACCCGACUUACGCAAGAUGUACAAUGACAUUAUCCAGGAUCAAACCAGACGUGACUUCAUUGAAGAAGUUCCCAUAGAUGAUGUAGCCUGUGGUCACUAUCUCCCACAUAGGCCAGUCAAGAAAGAUUCAGCUACAACUCCAAUAGGAAUAGUAUACGACUGUAGCUGUAAAGUUGGUGAAGGAGCUAGCCUUAAUGACUGUUUAGAGACUGGACCGCCACUUCAGAACGAUCUUGCUGCAAUCCUUGUUAGAUUUCGCCUACAUCACUACGCUCUAGCAACUGACAUAGAAAAGGCGUUUCUGAACGUUGGGCUUGACGCAGAGGAUCGGAAGUUUACAAAAUUUCUGUGGUUGACGGAUAGUAACGACCCAAACAGUGCCUUCAAGGUGUACCAGUUUAAAGUGGUGCUUUUCGGAGCAGUGUGCUCACCUUUUAUUCUAAACGCCACUGUCAGGUCACACUUAGACAAACACGAAUCCCCAGUUGCAGCCGAUAUGAAGGACAAUAUCUAUGUUGACAAUGUAGCGAGUGGAGCUGAAAGCACACAUGACACUGUGAAAUACUACCAGGAAUCCAGAAAGGUAAUGAAAUCUGGUGGAUUCAAUCUCCGAGCAUGGUCGUCCAAUUGCCCUGAACUUCGGAAAUUGGCUGAAGCAGACAACGUUUACAACCCAGAUCGAAUUGCUAAUGUGCUUGGACUAGACUGGGAUACUGAACAGGACAUUCUGCGAUAUUCAAAGCGGAAAAUUGAACCUUCAAUAGACAAUCUGGUGACAAAACGUGAAGUUGUUCAAGUUACAAGCAGUAUCUAUGAUCCACCUGGACUUCUGUCUCCAGUACAUGUUAUGGCUAAGAUAUUUAUACAAGAGCUAUGGACACACAAGUUAGAUUGGGACGAACCGCUGCCGGACGAGCUUAACCAUACUUGGAGAAGGUUGAGUCAGGAGCUGUCAACCGUGACACAAUCAUGUGCCAUUGAUCGCAAAUACUUCGAUUGUCAAAACACUAGCAACGAUUUGUAUGAGCUUCAUGUAUUUGCAGACGCGAGAAUAUAUGUAUUGUGGUGGUAG